AUGGCCAGUGGUGGUUUUAAGAUAUUUAAGUGGUCCGUUGUUGCGGUAGCAAUUGCAUUCAAUAUUUUGGUUUAUUUUUAUCCUGAUAUUUUGAAUGAUUCACAGCUGUGCAAGUGGCAUGAGUUUUCAGAAUCUGAGAGAUUGAAGAGUAAAUUGGGCUUUAUAAAUGAGUUAGAUCAAUCAGUAAGUGAUAAGCUAUUGAUGAAUUUUCCAUUCUUGCAAGACAAUAAGUUGCAGAAUACAAAAUCACCUUAUGAUAUACAGAAUAAUGUGAAAGAUAUUCAUCUUUUGGCAUUUGGUGAUCCACAAAUCAAUGGGAACUGGGCUCUGACAAAAUAUAUUAAGAGGCUAGAUAAUUAUGGAAAUGAUUACUAUUUGGGCCAUAUCUAUACUACUAUGAAGGAAAGAUUAAACCCAAGCCAUGUUGCGGUAAUGGGCGAUCUCUUUUCAUCGCAGUGGAUAUAUGAUUCUGAAUUUUACAAUAGAACUUAUCGAUAUGUCGAACGUUUAUUCACAAGGCCAAUUGAAUACAAGCAGAAUGUUCUUGAUAUAUACAAGAAACAUGAAGAUUAUGACUGGCAGAAAUGGUUGAACCAAGAAGUGAACUUGGACCCAAUGGUAAGAUUCAACUCGAGAGUUUACAACGAUGUUUAUGACUGGUACGAUUUUGAUAAGAAGUAUCCAGAUUUCGAAAAUCCACUUUUCAUCAAUUUAACUGGUAAUCAUGAUAUAGGAUAUAGUGGAGAUGCAACGUGGCAGCAUAUGGCUAGGUUCCAUCUUUUAUUUGGUCAAAAUAAUUAUGUCAUUAACUACAAUAAAGGAACCGCUGAAGAAUGGAGAAUUAUUGUGUUAGAUUCGUUAACUUUGGAAGGUCCUGCUUUACAGGAAGAAUUUUUGAAUUAUACUUGGUCAUUUGUGAAUAAUAUCGACCAGUAUGAAAAUAAGGACUUCAAAGGAUCAACUGUUUUGCUAACCCAUAUUCCAUUUUACAAAAGGGAAGGUUUGUGCAAAGAUGGCCCUGAACACAAAUACUAUGUAAAUAAUACGCAAGAGCCUUAUAAGAACGGCAAAUUAAGAUCCCAGAACCAUUUGUCGUAUGAAUCUACGCAAAAAAUUUUGAAUAUAAUAUUCCCUAAGGAUUCUAAAAAUGGAAUAAUAUUAACAGGACAUGAUCACUACGGAUGUAACAGUUGGUAUAAUUUAUUAGGUGAUACUUGGGAAGCUUCUGAAUCUGUGAGGCCAGAAGGAGAAAGAUUCCCCAUUAGAGAAAUCGUGGUUAAAUCGAUGAUGGGAGAUUUUGAUGGUCAAACAGGUAUACUUACAGGGCAUUUUGAUAAAUUGAAACAAUCUUGGUUGUUUGAAUUUACAUACUGUUCAUUCCUAGUUCAGCAUUACUGGUGGGCGUCAAAGGCUUUAACAAUUGUAUCUGUAUUCCUUUUAUCGGCUGGAUUUUUAUUUAAAUGGUAA